GAGUCUUUCCAGGUAACUCACUUUCUCUUUACCCUCUCUCUCCUCCCAGUUUUAUCCACACUACUACUCUUUUACGCGUACAAUCAGCGUUUAAUGAUUUAAUCACAUAUUUCCAUUUUUUUAAUUAAAAAAUAUACAAAUUUAAUUGGUACCCUUUUAGUUUUUCCUGUAUGAACCUAUGUACCCAAUUCUCUUGAUCCCUCCAACUUUAAGAUUGGUUCUCAAGGGAUUUGACUAUAUCGGAGGCAGUGAUCACAGAUCAUAAUUCAUAGGAGUGUGUGUGAGUGAUGCCAAUUCUCUCAUUUGUAUCUCAGUGUUUCUUCUUCCCUAAUGGUAGUGGAAGUAAACACCACACUUUACAUCCAAUUAUUGGUUCUGAGGUGAAGGGAGGAAGCAAAUUGGUGCCUCUGGAUUCUGAGGAACCAAGUAGUGGUGAUGAUGAACAACAUGUAGUGCCUCUGGAUUCUAAGGUUCAAAGAAUCUGGGAUGAACCAAUGGUUCCUGUGAUCUCUGAUGAGUUACCAAGUGACCAUGAUCAAAAUCAAUCACUUUUGUUGGUUGAUUCUGUGUGCUGCCACAUAAAUGAGGUGUUUGAGUAUUCUGAACUUGAAGAAGCCACCAACAAUUUUGACCCUAGUAGAGAACUUGGAUCUGGAGGAUAUGGGACAGUUUAUUUUGGAAUACUCAAAGAUGGACGUCAUGUGGCAAUAAAGCAGUUGCACAAAGACAUGCUGAGGAGUUUAAGGUUGCAUGACGAGAAUUCCGAGAGCAAUGAUAGAGUCACCAAGUUCUCAAACGAAUUUGCCAUCUUAUCUCACUUGAAGCAUGGAAAUCUUGUCCAGCUAUAUGGCUGCACCUCUCCUCAGAGCCAUGAAGUACUGCUUGUGCAAGAGUACAUUCCCAAUGGAACCGCUGCAGAUCAUCUUCUCAACAGGAGCUCUCCUCCGUGGUCUACGCGACUAAACAUCGCCAUACAGACUGCAGAAGCAUUGGCUUAUCUACACAGUUCUAGCAUAAUCCACCGCAAUGUGAAAACUAGCAACAUUCUGCUUGACAUAAAUUUGAAUGCUAAAGUUGCAGACUUUGGAUUAUCACGCCUUUUCCCAGAAGGUGUAACUCAUGUUUCCACUGAUCCUGCUGGGACUCCGGGUUAUGUUGAUCCAGAGUACUAUGAGCAUGGCCAUCUUUCUGAUAAGAGCGAUGUGUAUAGCUUCGGAGUAAUAUUGCUUGAGCUGAUAACAUCCCUGCCGGCAUAUAGCGAGGACGAUAAAGAGCCUUUUCUUUCCAACUUUGCCAUGGUUAGAAUCAGCUGUGGGAGACUCCAGAGUAUUGUUGACCGAGAUCUUGGAUUUCAGUCAGAUGAUUGGAAUACUAAAACAAUUACUGCAGUGGCAGAGUUAGCGUGUAAGUGUCUUCAGAGCCAAAGUAAAUUGAGACCUUCCAUGGAAGAGGUGUUGAAUAGCCUUGUGAGAAUUAAAAGUUGUUGAAGCUCUUAGAAUGCUCUUAUCUGGUGUUACAAUAAUGUCACGAUUGCUCAAAUUCUCUCAUGCUAGCAUGGUGAUUUAUUUUGAGAAGAAAAUAGCUUAACCAAAGCAAAAUAUCACUUUUAUAUCUUAUACUUCCUCUGCUGACUAUAAAUAAACACCAUGUCUUAUAUAUAUCUUAUAUACUUCCUACCAUAACCAAUCUGUUUUCAUCUGUAAAAGAUAUUGUGUAUUGGGACACCGAUUAGAUAAAAAAAACUUCCUUGAUUACCCUUAUCAAUAUUUUAUAAUGGUACUUGUACCCUUAACCAAAAUCAACCAAAACCUUUGUUCUUCUUCUCAUACUCUCAAAACUCAGACUCCAGCCUUCUCCGGCAAGAAACUCUAGUGGUAACAUAGAUUCUACCCCCGGUGGCGAGGGAAGCAGCCUCUUGAAUCCCUGCUUUGCAUCUCAGCCUUCACCACUGUCCGCCAUCGAUAUGAUCAGAUCAUCAGCUCCCUUGCCAUUUGUUGAAGUUGAUGUUAUUGUGUUGGUUUUAUAGAUCUCAGAUAUAAAAGGGGGUAGGGGGAAAAAUGAUAACGGCAAAAUGGCACUAAUUUUAUCAUAUAUUUAGUUUACUGUCAAACAAGAUAUAAAAAUGGUAUUUUUCUGUCUA